AUGGGCCCCCCGGGCAAUAGGGGAUCAUGGGGCCCCUGUGUCCUUACCCAAACUCAAAAAAAACUAUGAAAAAAGGUUGACAUGACAUGUGUGCAUUAAAUUCAAAAUGCUAACAAAAACUUACAAAGCCAUUCACAACUCAGCCCCAGCUACAUCACUAACCUAGUCUCCUGGAGUGGACUGACAAUUCAUGGGGCCCCCGGGCAAUAGGGGAUCAUGGGGCCUCUGUGUCCUCACCACACUGAAACCACACCCAAAAAAGCCUAUGAAAGGUACCAGGGGCAUCUCAUGGGGCCCCCUACUGACCCCCGGGCCCUCGGGCAGUGCUCGAGUGCUCGAAUGGUCAGUCCACCCUGCUAGUCUCUAAA